GCCGAAGGGAGCUGACAGGGCAUUCCAGAAGACACAGCUUUGAGGGGUGGGGGAAGGAGGAUGUGGGCGCGGCGUACUACGUGUCCCGUGAGCCUCCGCGGCGGGGCGGGGCCGCGGCGACGCUAGGAGGCGGAGGCGGAGGCGGAGGUGAAGGCGGAGCUGGAGUUGGAAAGGUGUCCCAAAGUUUUCUCCGAGGCCAAAAGAAGAAAAGACCCACCCACUCUAAAGAAAUUGAGAAUUGGACAAACUGAGAAAAACCUUUAGUUUGUUCCCUUUCAGGAUUAAAUGCAUUUAUGGAAAAAGAAAAAUUGGAUGGUAAUAGUAGAAUACUGUAAUGCUGCAAUGGAUUCCUCAGCGGAAAACAGUAUGUACGUAAACAAAUUGUGGGUUCAGUGUGAGUAUGAAAGCUGUUUGAAGUGGAGAUUGUUGUCAAGUGAGGAUGCAGCCAGAGUUGAUCACAAUAAACCAUGGUACUGCUUCAUGAACACUGAUUCAAGAUACAAUAAGUGCUCUGUUGCUGAAGAAGACUUUCCUGAAGAGUCUCAGCUUCAUCAAAGUGGAUUUAAGAUUGUCUAUUCACAACUCCCUCUUGGAAGUCUGGUUUUGGUAAAAUUACAGAGUUGGCCAAGCUGGCCAGGGAUACUUUGCCCAGAUCCUUUUAAAGGGAAAUAUGUGACCUAUGACCUGGAUGGAAAUGUUGAACAGUAUCACAUAGAAUUCCUGGGUGAUCCCCAUUCAAGAUCAUGGAUAAAUGCAACAUUUGUUGGACAUUAUAGUAUCACAUUAAAGCUAGGAACAUGUACGAAGAAAAAGAAAUGGUAUAAAAGUGCACUACAAGAAGCAUACCUUCUCUAUGGACAUUCUCACGAGCGAAGACUGGAAGUGUGCCGCCUAUCCAAACAGGAUAAAUCCAAAGCAGAUGGCAAAGUUGCUGUGGUAGCCAAGAAAAGGAUGCAAGUUUCCAGAAACACUACUGGCAAAAAGAAACCAAAAUUUAGAAGAAGGAUAAGGAAACCUAUUUUAAAAUACUCUUUCGAAAAUGUUUGUCCAGAUGACGCCAUGUCAAAGGAGAAUGUGGUUAUCUGAAUGCAGUCCUGAAGUUUCCUGCAGGCGGUCCAUUUGAAAAACCACUAUGAAGAAGACUGUCUUGUAAUUGAUGGGAUAAAAUUAAAAGCUGGAGAAUGUAUUGAAAAUUAUAACUAACAAGUUUAAAGAAAUAGAUGCUCUAAUGUCUGAAUUUUAAGGUAUUAUUGAUAUUUUCAAAAGUUAAUUAUAAAAAGUUACGUGUUUAUAUUUUUCCAAAGUCAAAAACUUGAAAAACAUGUAGGGAGAUAGGUAUAUGUUAUACCAAAGCUGCUAUUUGUAACAACUUCCUGUUUAUGCUUUUAGAAUAUCCAUUGUUUUGAGAGCCAAUCAAAUGGUCUUCAGUUAGUGUUAAGAUUUAGGAUUUAAAAAAAACAAUUUAGCAUUUAAGAAACCCUGAUAUUUGUAUUUGUAGAUUUUUUUCUUGUUUGCCUUAAUUUUAAAAUGGUUUAUGAAACUUACUGUGCAAACACGUGCUUUACAAUGAUUAUUUGGGCCCUUUAUUCAAAUGUGGCUAUUUAGAUGGCUGUCAAGGCUAUUAUAAUUCUUCCAUAUAAUUCAAGCAUAGUAGAGAUUGAGUAUGUGUAUUGGUAGUGGAAUUAAGCUACUAUAAAAUAAAA